AUGACACUAGAUUCCAAACAGCAAGAACGUAUGGUGAAGAUGAAGCCAGCAGAGCAUCUGCUGAGCCAGGUCACUCUCUUGGUCCUACCCUUGACUUUUCUUAUUGCGGAAACUGCCAGACAGCGGUGGUCAGUGCCCAGCCUUAGAGGAUGGCUUCAAAUGGAGGUGAAAGGUGACCCCAUCUUCAUCCCCAACAAUCUCACUGCCCCCGCACCCUGGAACUGGUUGCAUUCCUCCUUGGAGCGGAGUCCCGGUGCACUGGGGACCCUGAUUCUUGGAGUGGAGCUGCCCCAGGCUCACAGGCCUUUGCCAUGUCUCCUGUGGGAAUGUGGGAAGCUCCCAGUUCUCCGAUCCCUGGCCCGGCGGAAGCCCACCAUGAGCCUGGAGGAGGGACUGUGGCGGGCCGUGCGGGAAUGGCAGCACACAAGCAACUUUGACCGGAUGAUCUUCUACGAGAUGGCGGAAAAGUUCCUGGAGUUUGAGGCUGAGGAGGAGAUGCAGAUUCAGAAAUCGCAACUGAUGAAGGGGCCCCAGUGCCUGCCUCCUCCAGCCCCACCGAGGCUUGAACCUCAAGGACUUCCAGCCCCUGAGGCGGACAAGCAGCCAGUGUACCUUCCCAGCAAGGCCGGCCCUAAGGCCCCGACUGCCUGCCUGCCACCACCCAGGCCCCAGAGGACAGCGGAGACCAAGGCCCGCCUGCCACCACGCAGGCCCCACCGGCGAGCUGAGACCAAGGCCCGCCUGCCAACACCCAGGCCCCAGAGGCCAGCGGAGACCAAGGUCCCCGAGGAGAUUCCUCCAGAAGUGGUGCAGGAGUAUGUGGAUAUCAUGGAGGAGCUGCUGGGGCCUCCCCUCGGGGCCACAGGGGAGCCCGAGAAACAACGGGAAGAGGGCGAAGUGAAGCAGCCACAGGAAGAGGACUGGACACCCCCAGACCCAGGCCUCCUGAGCUACAUUGACAAGCUGUGUUCCCAGAAAGACUUUGUCACCAAGGUGGAGGCCGUCAUUCACCCCCGGUUCCUGGAAGAAUUGCUUUCCCCAGAUCCACAGAUGGAUUUCUUGGCCCUAAGCCAGGAGCUGGAGCAGGAGGAAGGACUCACCCUUGCCCAGCUAGUGGAGAAGCGCCUCCUACCCUUGAAGGAGAAAGAGCAUGCGAGGGCAGCCCCUAGUCAUGGCAUGACCUGGUUGGACUCAAGUUCUUCUAAAUUUGCAGCUGGCCAAGGAGCAGAGAGAGACGUCCCUGACCCCCAACAAGGGGUUGGCAUGGAAACCUGCCCACCCCAGACGGCUGCCCGGGACCCUCAGGGACGAGGCAGAGCCCGCACUGGCAUGACCAGGUCCAAAGACUCUGCUGUGCUUUUAGGAUGUCAGGAUUCCCCUGGGCUGAGAGCUGCCCGGCCAACCUCUCCUCCCCAGGACCACAGACCCAUGUGCCCUGGCCUGGGGACCAAGGACACCUUGGAUCUCCCUGGAGGAUCUCCUGUCAGGGAGUCACACGGGCUGGCUCAGGGGUCAAGUGAGGAGGAGGAGCUCCCCAGCCUGGCCUUCUUCUUGGGUUCCCAGCAUAAGCUGCUGCCCUGGUGGCUACCCCAGAGCCCUGUCCCUGCCUCGGGCCUUCUCAGCCCAGAAAAGUGGGGACCGCAGGGAGCUCUUCAGUCCCCAUCUGCUCCGAGAAGAGGCCUCAGCCUAGCAGCCUCUGCUGCCACAAAGUCCAAGAAGCGACCUCUCUUCAGAAGCCCAUCGCCUGCUGAAAAAACACCCCACCCAGGGCCUGGGCUCAGAGUCUCUGGGGAGCAAUCCCUGGCUUGGGGGCUGGGUGGUCCCUCACAGUCUCAAAAGAGAAAGGGUGACCCCUUGGUCUCCAGGAAGAAGAAGAAGCGGCAUUGUAGCCAACAGGGGCUUCCGGGCAGGUUUUCUGGUGCCAGUCCCCAAGGGGAGCCCCUUCAGUUGCUCCAGGGACUGACAGAUGCUGAGGAAGCCCUGAUCCCUCCCACCACCCACUCACAAGGCCUGCCUGCGUUAGCGAGGCUUCUUGGAACCUCCCAUCAUUAUCAGUAUCCCCGGAAAAUCCUGGGAUUGGAGAGAGCUGGCUGGCUCUUGUUCUGCUCGACAGGUGGUCCUGAUCGUCUGCGCUGUGGGGCCCUAUUAUUCCAGAGCAAAUGCUGGAGCCAGACUGACCCUAUGGAAAGGCACAAGGACGUGGGCUGUGGUGAUGGGCGCCCUCAGUCAGGCACCAGCUGUCCCGCGUUCCUGGCUUCCACCUCUGAGGCAGCUCCCCGACAUUCUCAAAACCUGGCUUGGGACAUAUUUGAUCUCCAUGUGAAGACCGAGAUUGUGGCUUUCUGUCCUUGGAGCCCCAAAAGGACAGGAAAACCAGGAUACCUAAUGUGCAAGGGCAGGGUUUUCCGGGGAGAGGAGGGGUUUCUCGAGAAUUCUGGAAGCAUGUCUGGAACUAGAGCCUUGUGUGGGAAGUGCAAUAUUUUUCUAUCAGCGAAGCACCGAGAAUGGGGAGACAGCUUCUGA